AUGCACGCCUUCUCCCUCCUCGCUCUGGCAGGCGCCGCAUCUGCCCUCCCUCCAAAGCGAGCCAUCAGCAAGGAAGAAUUCACCAUAGCCAUGCAACUCGGAGCGGGAGAAGAAGCCCCUGUCGUCCCUCUGCUCGCCGUCCCAAACGGGCCAGGUUCAAAGGAAUACAUUCUCGUCGGCCAGACACAAGGUACUGCUGCGACCCCAGUCUACGCAACCGGCACGUCUCCGGAUCAGACACUCGCCUUGGAUGUGGGCGGCAAGCCGUACUACAUGUCCGCAGCAGAUAUUGUAUGUUGCUCUCUUCCCGUGCCUCCGGACAGGAUUAACGGUUUUUCCAGGGCGAUUUGGAUGGCGCUGCCAGCACCGUUAAUGCCGAUCCAUUGUACAAAGACGAGGAGUGGUCUGUUGACGGCACUACCAUUGACCACCAACUGACAGCCGCCAACAACAUUUUCCUCGGUAAGUACACACUCAACCAAGCCGGAAGGGGAGCUGGCUGACAUUCACUCGUAGCUUGCAACCAAACGGUGAACAGCGCCGAGGUUCCCGUCCUGACCUGGGGGUCACAGGAGAGCGAUGGCAGCUACCCAGAAGGGUGCUACUUCACUUCCCUCUACAGGAAGUGUAAUGUUCCGGGAAGUGACGCUUCGUGCGAGGAAUAG